AUGCUUCUUGCUCACAAACCACAUCCUCCGCCCUUCAUGUCGCCUAACAUCUCACAUCGUCGUCAUCCUUCGGCUCCUCCAGCAGUCGUAGUUCAAGCAACGAAAACACCUGGCUUGCUUUUCAUCACCAAGCAGCCUUCACGACCUUCAACUCCCCGUAUUCAUCAACAGCUCCUUCAGAAACAACAUCGGUCUCCAAAGCCGAAACAGAAACAGCUCGUCCCUCAGUCCCAGGGCCGUGCAACACAGCCUCCAAUUUCAGAGUCAUCUGAUGAACCUACCAAAGUUUCUACGCAGAAAAUUCACUCCGAUGCUGUCGACUCCAAGCUCGCAGUUCAUCCGGCUACACCAUCGCCGGACAAGACUGCACGAGCGCGACGCAACAAUAUUCGUCAACCUUCACCACCUAUUCUCUCGCAGGCUGAGGGUACAACAUCUUUGACGCAAACUUUUACCCAUCGUAACAACAACCCUGCAUCUAACUCUUUUGACCCCUUUGUUGUCAGUUCCGAUUCUGAUUCGGACAACUCCCCUCAAGCCAUGACUUUGACGCCCAAGAAUUCUUCUUCUCAGACACCUUCUCUGACCUCUCAGCCGACUGGAAAACUAGCUGCUCGUCGCCGUCGCCCUUUACCGCAGCAACUUACCUCCCCUACCCCCGCCACUCGGGCAGUUCCUGUACCAAGAUCUAAUACUCAAACCACCCGUCACAAUAUCUCCCGUUCGGCUCCCAGCCAAUCUGCUGUGCCACUCCGUACCGCACGGCGCACUUCCGCCGUCUCCUCCGCAGAUUUUCCAGUCUGUGAUGACACCACUGAUGUUGAUGAUCAUUCUCCUCCAUCAACACCCACCCGCGAGAGAUCUGCCGGGACUUGGUCACAGCUUGCAUUCGAGGGAGGUCCUCGCACAGCGCCACUCAAUUUGAGCGCAGGAUUUCCAUUCGGUGGGCAGCUGAGCUGCAACACUCCGUCUCCAUCCCGCAAACAUUACAGGACGCCCAGUGACGGUGUAUUCCACAUGUCCUUUGACGAGGACAUGUCAUCCACUUCGGACGCUUCUGAAGAGCACAAGAAGUUGUUCGGUUUCAUGCCCAGGAAGUCCGGGUCAGUUGGACCUAGCGUCACCCGUGCUGGCAAGGACAAGGCUGGGUUCUUCGCGAGUUCAGUGUUCCAAAAUUCGCCGAGCCCCGACGAGUUACCUCCACCCGCUUUUUGA